GCCGCCGCCGCAGCCCGAGCGGGGCCCGCGGGACGCCGGCCCGAGCAGGUGGUGACCGAGCUGGUGCCGCGAUGGCGACGCCGGACGUCAGCGUGCACAUGGAGGAGGUGGUGGUGGUGACCACGCCGGACGGCGCCGUGGACGGCGCUGCCAUGGAGGAGGUCAAGACAGUGCUGGUCACCACCAACCUGUCCCAGCACGGCGGUGACAUCAACGAAGACACUCUGGAGACUGAAAAUGCAGCUGCUGCAGCUGCUGCUGCCUUCACAGCCUCCACUGACCUGAAGGAAGCGGUUCUAGAAGUGAAGAUGGCUGAAGAUGAGGACAGUUUGGAGGCAGAGAUUGUCUACCCCAUCACCUGCGGGGACAGCAAAGCCAACCUCAUCUGGAGGAAGUUUGUGUGCCCUGGAAUCAAUGUGAAGUGUGUGCAGUUUCAUGAUCACCUCAUCAGCCCCAAGGAGUUUGUGCACCUGGCAGGGAAGUCGACCUUGAAGGAUUGGAAGCGGGCGAUCCGGAUGAACGGGAUCAUGCUCCGGAAGAUUAUGGACUCAGGAGAGCUGGAUUUCUACCAGCACACAAAGGUCUGUUCCAACACCUGCCGGAGCACCAAGAUUGACCUGACAGGAGCCAGGGUGUCCCUGACCAGCCAGACAUCAACAGAGUACAUCCCUCUGACUCCUGCCUCUGCUGAUGUGAACGGAUCCCCAGCUACAAUAACCAUAGAAACAUGCGAGGACACCAGCGAUUGGAGCACCAGCAUUGGAGAUGACACCUUUGCUUUUUGGCAAGGUCUGAAGGACAGUGGUCUCCUGGAAGAAGUGAUCCAUGAGUUCCACCAAGAGCUGGUGGAGACCAUGAAGGGCUUGCAGCAGCGGGCACAGGAUCCCCCACUGCAGCUUGGGGAUGCUGUUUUACUCAACAACGUAGUCCAGAACUUUGGGAUGCUGGAUCUGGUCAAGAAGGUCCUGGCCAGCCACAAGUGCCAGAUGGAUCGCUCGAGGGAGCAGUACACACGGGAUUUGGCAGCUCUGGAGCAGCAGUGUGACGAGCACCGCAAGCGAGCGAAGGAGCUGAAGCACAAAUCGCAGCAUCUCAACAACGUCCUGAUGACCCUCACACCCGUCUCUGUUCCCACACCUCUGAAACGCCCCCGGCUCACCAGGGCCACCUCCGGACCAGCUGCCAUCACCUCCCAAGUCCUGUCCCAGCCAGCGCAGCUCACUGUCACCCCUGGUGUCCCAGUAUCCCAGAUUGCCAACCUCCCUCUUGGCAAAGUGGUCUCGGCCCUCCCUCCUUCGGUGCUGGGGAAGAGCCCGGCCCAGCCCCCCGCCGCCAGCUCCCCGGCCUCCCCUCUGCUGGGGGGGUACACGGUGCUGGCCUCCGCCGGCUCCACCUUCCCCGGCACCGUGGAGAUCCACCCGGACGCUUCCAACCUGACGGUGCUGAGCACGGCUGCGGUCCAGGACGGCAGCACGGUGGUGAAGGUGGUGAGCCCCUUCCAGCUCCUGACCCUUCCAGGACUUGGCACGACCAUCCAGAAUGUGACACAAAUAGCUCCCGGCGGGAGCACGGUGGUGACUGUCCCGUCCGGGGCCGCCGAGGCCGCCGGGGACGAGCACGCUGCCGCCGCCAUCGAGGUGACCGCGGUGGCUGAUGAGGCGGAGCAGAAGUGAGAGGGGGGACUUGCCUGGAGGGACGCUGGCCGUGCCACUCUGGGGGGAACUGCCUCUUCUCUGGCUGCGCUGUGGGACGAGGAGCGGUGUCGUGAGGGGCACGGGCUAGCGAGACUCAGAGCAGCUCGUGUUGGGAGCGAGGAGGUUCAGGUCAGAGGGAAGGAGGGGGGAGGAAGGAUGCCUGGAGAAGGCAAAGGCAGAAAUGUUCUGCCUUGUUUGGAGGAGGGAAGAAAAAAAGAGCUUAUUUUUUUAUAGAGCUUUCCUCCCCUGUUCUCUUGGAGUAGCUUUCCUGCUCUGGGUUGUCAGCCCAGCCUUUUUGGCUGGCACAGCUGGAGCAGUGUCCAUCGGAGGAGUGGGCAGGAGCAGGGAGAAGGUGGUAGCAAAAGGAGGCUGCCAAAGGGGGUCUGGUGUGCAGGGAGCUGGCUGCUCCCCAUCCCUAGGGGCUGCAGGAGUGGAGAGGGAUGCCAAGAGCAGGAAUUCAGUGGAUGUGUACAAUCAUUGACACCAGGAAGAGCUCUGGCAGCAUGGGCACAGGCCCUGGGAGUUGGGUUUGUGCGUGACACUGGCUUUGGGUGGAAAAAACAAAUGGGAGCUGUUGUGACAGUGGGCAUGGUGGUUGCCCAGGUCUACUGGGGAAGAAGCAGCAAGACAGGGGAGCCCAGAGGGCUGAGAAGAGCUGUGACUUCUGAGGAUUUGGGGUCUUUUUCUAGUUUUCUCAAAAAAAAAAAAAAAUCCAUUAUUGGGAUUUUUUUAAGCCACCGGCGAUUUUUAAGCAAAGCCCAGGUUGGGAAGCUCGUUCUGCAUGGCAGAGCCGUGCUGCAGAGCGUGCAGAGCUGUGCCCCAUGGCCAUGCUCCAGGGAGCUCACACUUCCUCACGAGGGCAGACCCUGCUGUCCCCAGUCCCCAGCAUCCCAUGGGAGCAGGACACUGCCAUUCCCUCCCUGCUGGGGUCAAGCAGCCGUUCUGUAACGGGGUGGUCAGCCCCCCAGUUCUCCUACAGCCACCCCACUCACUGCAGCUCUCACCAGGCCCCGUGCCAGGGCCUGUGUGUCUCACGCUGCCUCUGGCUGGGAGGAGUCGGGUGCUUGGAGUGUUGGGGUUUCCCAAACUUGAUCUGGCAACAGCAGCAACGACAGGUCACUUU